AACCAAACUCAAUAGCUACAAUGUACUGCACACGCUCAGACACGGGUGAUCAAAUCCAUUUUGGGCCGAAUAACGACUGAAGUUGAUAACACUUUCCAUAACGUUUUUUUUGUCAAGAAUAAUAUUCCCUUUCUAGAGAUAACAAAUAUUUCCAUUCCCGAACGGAAUAUAUUAAUCUCAACUUGUCCAUGUAAAAAAGGGAAUCUUUCUGGAGAAAUUGUUUUAUUAAAGGAUCACUGGGCCUCAUCCAAUAUGACUUGGCUUGGACUUCUGUUCGUCGUUUGCAGCUUAAUGACGGGAACGGAGGGAACGCUGUUCGAGAACGAACUUCUUAAGGACAUGUUCGCCAAUUACAACCCAAUAAUUCGCCCGGUGCUCAACGCGUCAGCAUCCAUACAAGUCAGGCUGGGUGCUGCUCUCCAGCAGAUCAUAGAAAUGGAUGAAAAGAACCAGGUGCUGACUGUCAAUCUAUGGAUGCGAAUGCAAUGGACAGACAGAAAUUUCCACUGGGAUCCGGCGGACUACGGCGGCACUGACACGCUCAUCGUCCCAAUCAACUCAAUAUGGAGACCGGAUAUCGUACUCUACACCAAUGCUGACUCUGGCUUCAGUGGUAUGAUGGAAACCAACGCAGCCAUAACAAACACAGGCAUCGUGUACUGGAACGCCCCCGCUAUCUACACCAGCACCUGCAAGAUCGAUGUGUCCUUCUUCCCCUUCGAUGAGCAGCGCUGUCCGCUCAAGUUCGGCUCCUGGGCUUACAACGGCUUCCAGAUCGACCUGGUCAAUCGCUCCCUGUCCGGGGACAUCUCGGCGUACAUCGACAACGGGGAAUGGGAGCUGAUUGGCAUGCCCGUGCGCAACAACAUCGCCUACUACCUGUGCUGUGUGGCUCCGUACCCCGAUGUCACCUUUACCAUUGUCAUGAGGCGCCGACCGCUCUUCUACAUGUUCAACCUCUUGGUGCCUUGCAUGCUGAUUUCGUUGAUCACUGUGCUAGACUUCUAUCUACCGGCGGACUCCGGUGAGAAAGUUACCCUCGGUAUCACCAUCCUGCUAGCCCUGAUCGUGUUCCUGCUUCUUGUCGCGGAGACUAUGCCGCCUACUUCGGAAGUUGUUCCACUCAUUGGCCAGUACUAUCUCGCCACUAUCGUCCUGGUCUCUGCCUCCACAGGGAUGACAGUCUUUGUCCUGUACCUUCACUAUCGCCUUCCGGGCACAAAGCCCGUGCCCUCAUGGCUUCGCAGCCUGGCCUUCAACUACAUCGCCCGCAUUCUAUGCCUCAGUUCCACAAUCAAGGUGGCACCUGCUCCUCAGAGCCCGGAGGUCAUCGAAAACAACCACCUCUCCAACGGCAACGUCCACACGGACAAGAGCUACAAGACCAACGAGAACAACAUCUCCACCGUGACCUUACCUCCACUUGUCUCUGAGAGGUUCCAGAGGAACGUCAAUUCCAUCCUUGACGAGCUCAAGUUCAUGACGAACCGGACGAAGGACUCGGACGUGGAGGAGGAGAUUCUCACGGAAUGGAAGUAUGUGGCCAUGGUCUUCGAUCGCUUGUUCAUGUGGAUCUUCCUGAUCACCACCAUCGUAACAACAGUUGGUAUUCUCUGCCAACCAAAGCCCUACACACUUCGAGAAGACUUGUAAACUUUUCUUGGUUUUCAAAUACCAAAAAAAUAUUACCCGGGCCAAUAAUGAGUCACAAACUACAAUUUAUGUCAUAUUUCCAGGGGACUAAAGAAGGCAGCGAACUUAAUGGUGUCUAUCCCGGUCGUAGUCUGAGGUUAGACGGCCUACAGUAAGACCACUUGCCGUAAUUCCCGUAUAAAGUGGUAAAGGCUGGUCGAUUAAACAAUGACGUUUUGUUUAUCUCACACCAAGCAGCUUUGAGCUAUCCCGGUACUGCUUUUGGAAAGCUCAUCAUCAGGAAUCGUGGUACAAUCAUGAAGCAUUGUAUUUUGCAAUACGGACACGAUGGUGUUAGAGAUUGCAUAUUGAUCAAAAGAGUGUUGUGCCGAAAGUCAGUGCAGUUCCAUAGUGGUUAUUCACUGGUAACAAAAUAAGUUGAACUUUUGCUGAUCAUCAAUUUGUUGAGAAGUUCGAAUCCCAUGUCUCUCGCCGAUAAAUACUGACAAUAAUUUGACUGAUAAAAGCAUCUUUUGGAUUUUAUUCACCCUGUCCACUACAUUUGUUAUAGCAUUUUUACUAUGCUACACAAUGGUGAUUAAUAUAAUUUCUAAGCUAAGCGACACAAUAAUUAUGCUUUUUGUGGAUAUAAUGUUUUGACUCAAAUAUUCAGUUUAACAUUGAUUAUAAUUUAAUCAUAUCUGGAAAUAAUGUUAAACUCCUGUGAUGUAUAUAACUCGUUCAGGGAGCGUUUUUAUGAAAAACAAGAUCUGGAUAUCAUCUGUUGAACACAAAAUCAGCAGGUUUGGUACACUUGGAGGCAAAACCAUAGAAGGUAAUUGCCAUUCAAUACCAUGACCGAUAUGAUUAGUGGAAAUGUAACAGCUGACAAAUGUUAAUACACGUAAAGUAGUGCCUUAUACGACUUAAUAGAAACAGUGAUAAUCGUUUUUAUUAAUCUUAUCGUUUUGCUUGAUCAGAAACUAUUUUAAAGAGUGUCUAUUAUAUGCCUGUCAUGGCUCGAUGUAAUAAUUAUGAAGAAAACGUUUAAUACAUGCAGACGUUCUGACUCAUAUUUUUGUUCAAACCCCAACUUAAUUCAGCUCAAAUGUAUGCACUGUACAAUUUUUUUCAUGUAUCUCUUUUUGGAAAAAAAAAACAAUGUCCGUAGUGAUUAUUUCUAAUUAUUUUAAAGUACCUAGGCCCAGUAUGGACAAUCUUAUUUAUCCAAGUAGCUUUUGUUUGCUGGUACAUUAUUAAAAUGGCCAAUCCGGUAAACCAACAGGGCCUGUAAUACCAACAAACAAACAGGGAAAGGCUGGGAACAAAUGUUUAGAGGGAAUCAAAAUGUGACCAUAUUGUCAUUUACAGUAAAAGCUCUGUGAAGCAUAUAAUCUUGAUAAUCGUGUUUUAGGAUCGUGUGUCCCUUGUUGCAAAUCCUUUAAAAAAAUAUUGUUAUAUAAAUAUAUGUAAUUAAAGUACUAAUAAACACAAGGAUCAUUA